AUGUCAUUCAAGUCGGAAGCCAUCGUCGCCAGAGGCCCCUUCUCUGAAGGAAAAUGGGCCAUUGAACCAGUCACUCUUCGAGAUCUUCGCUCAGACGAGGUUCUUGUUGAAGUUGUCGCCUCUGGUAUCUGUCACACAGACUUACACUGCGGUAACACGCCCGAUGAUAAGGGAGUUCCUGGAGUCUACUACCCUCGAGUCCUGGGACAUGAAGGUUCUGGAUACGUGGUUCAGGUCGGAGAUGGCGUGACGAAGGUCAAGCCCGGCGACGCCGUUUUCCUCUCCUUUUCAUACUGCGGAGAGUGCCACGUCUGCAAGACGGGACCGCCAUCUCACUGCACCAAGUUCUUCGAGAUCAACUUCAUGGGAGAGCCAGUCUUCUCGGACGGAAUAGGCGGGCGCUUUUUCGGCCAGUCCAGCUUAGCCCAUCACACCGUCGUCAGCGACAAGUCCGUCGUCAAUGCGGCCGGCCUCGGACUGACUCGGGAUGACCUGAGAAUACUAGCACCGCUUGGAUGUGGUCUCCAGACAGGCAGCGGAACCGUCAUCAACGUCGCCAAGGCCGGUCCGAAGGACUGCAUCGCCAUCGCGGGUAUGGGAGGUGUAGGCUUGGCGGCGGUCAUUGCAGCAAAGAACCAAGGGUGCAAGGCCAUCAUCGGAAUCGACCGAGUCGAGUCUCGCCUCGAGCUGGCUAAGACACUAGGAGCUACGCACAUCAUCAAUACGACUGGGCUCGAAAUGGCGCAGGUGACUGAGAAGAUCAAGGAAGUGGCUGAGGGGCUUGGAGCAACCAUUUGCAUCGACACCAGCGCGUUCCCGCCUUUGCUCGAAGCUCAAGUUCAAGGAACGCGGUACAUGGGGAAGAUCAUUCAGGUUGGCACUGGCAUGCCAGAGUCACAUCUGUCGCUUCACAUGCAGAGUUUCAUGGUCAGCGGAAAGCAGUAUUUUGGAGCGGUUCAGGGGCACGUCAACACUGCCGAGUACGUUCCUCAGAUGGUUCAGUGGUGGAGAGAUGGGAAGUUUCCUGUUGAGAAGCUGAUCAAAGUCUUUGAACACGGCGAUUUUGCUUCAGCUGUAGAAGCGAUGAAGCGCGGCGACGUUGUCAAGCCAAUUAUUGCCUGGUCAUGA